GGUCAAGUCGACGCGAAUCGUCGCGCAUAUAGGGAGGUCAGUGGAGUCGCAUCGAGGCACACAGUGGUCGAACGAUGUUCCGGCUGAUCGGUGGCGCAAUUUACGGUUAAAGAAGCUCGAGGGGAAGUUAUAGAGAAAGAGAGAUGCGCGAUAUCUUUAUGGUGGACAUUUGUUUAUUAUGAAGCUCGCGGAGUGCGCGCGAUUCGUUUGAGCGCGCGGUGAUAAAUCGUGCACGCGUGUCACGUUCGGCUCGCGUCUUUCAGCGUCGUUUGUUCCUGCGUACAACUGGAGCGUCCGCAUAGCAUAGGAUGGCUGUAGAGUCUCGCGUAACUGGGAACGCGAAGCCUCUGGUGCCGCUGUUCACAAAAGCGUCCGACUGCGUGCACACCAGUUGCUACUGCGAGGAAAACGUAUGGAAACUCUGUCAAGAUGUAGCGACCCGACAUCCGUCUGAACUGCAACAUUGUCAUGUUGCUUUCAUAAGUAACCCACGACGGAGCGUUCCUUUGUGGCGUCAGCGGGCUGGUAAAGACGAAGACAAAUUAGUCGUGUGGGACUACCAUGCUAUUCUCAUCUACGCACCCGACGAAAGAGCAGUGGUGUACGAUUUAGAGAGUUCCUUGCCGUUUCCCACGCAUUUCUGGAAGUACGCUACCGAAACCUUCAGAUCUGACGAAGCGUUGCGACCCGAAUAUCAUAGGAGGUUCCGCCUGGUUCUCGCCAGCGUGUACCUACAACAGUUCGCGUCAAAUCGACAUCAUAUGAAACGCGAGGAUGGCACAUGGAUAAAAACACCGCCGGAUUAUCCGCCGAUCUCGACACCAACGUGCAAGGAUAAUCUUGACACAUUCAUCAACAUGGAACAAGGAACCGGACUGGGCGUUGUAAUGAGUUUGAAACAAUUAGUAAACCGAUUUUAUAGGCCAAAUGUUAACACACAAGCGCCAACGCCGCCUCAGCCGCAAGCUACAGCGACUUAAUCUGCAGUGUGAUGUUCGUACGCUUUGACUAAAAAUCUUGGAAAUCAAUUGUAUGGCCUAAGGGAAUUGGUUUGGUGCACGCAUACACCUUUGUGGGCUAAAAUAUUUGAUCGAAAUUUGAUAAUAAUGUUAGUUAAUCGCUGCUAACUCUAGCAAAAUUUUAAAUAUAAAAUCGUUGCAGUUGCAGUUGUAUUUCUAUUCGAGCAAUGUUGAGCUGGAGUCGGAUUUCGAAUUUUAUGUAAAUUGAACUUAUUGUCGCACGUGACACUUUUAUCACAUCGUGAGUACUCAGUUCGAAUUUUCAGAUAUAUACUUCGCGCGACGAUUCAUUAAAUAUUCUCAAUUAUUUCCCUUGCUGUGUUAUCUUGGGUAUAAACAUUAUGUAUUACUCGCAUUACAUAUGACUAUCGAUUAUUUACCACCAGUAUCGUUAAGAAUAUUUGAUAUCAACGUUGGUUCCAGAUAUAAACAUUUAAAGUCUCAUAUUUUAUUCAAAUCAAAAACUUGCGUAUAUAUCGAUAGUGGAAACAUGCACUUUUGCAUAUACAUGAUACAGGAACGGUUGGCGUUUUACUCUUUACAGUCUACAGUCCGAGUGAUUUGGCUUGCGCCGCGCGUGAAGAAUGAUUCUGCUAAGCUGCUUUCUGAAUACUCUCGAUAAGUGCUUACCCACUGUAUUAAUGGACUUCAUCGAAAAUCCAUUUCCUCUUUUCUUCUAAAGCCUCCUUCGCAAGUUUAUCCGGGGAAAGGAACACCCCUUCCCGCAGCACGUUACAUUCGACCACGUUCAAAACUCGAAUCGUGUUUUAUAUAAGUAUUAUUUCGUCUUCAUGCCAUAAAGCGAUCUUUCUCACGGCUUUACCUGUCACUGGUGUUAUUAUAAUUAUUGUGUCAAAGACUGAUGUAUUUACAGAGAGUUAUCCGACUUGAUAAAGAUCCCUUUGUCUAUCAGCGCGUAUUCAAUGCGCGGGAUGCGAUUAAAGCGCUUAUAAUUACUGUGCGAUCGAUGUAGUAAAGUCAAGAAGUUAAUCCUUGCGACGUAUCGUAAUUAUUACGAUUAUUGUAAUUCUUGUGAUACUUUACACUUUCUACUUUGAAUACCUACGCUAUAUUUAUCUACUGUUUGUACUAAAAGUCGAUUCUUAAGAGAUACAUAUUCGCUUGUUGACGGCUUCUCUAAUUAACGUUUAAUUUAAUUAAUAUGAAUGAAUAAAUGACAUCGGCACGCGACCAAUUGUUAACAUCGAAGAACAUGUUGUGGUUCAACGAAAGCAUGUUGCUUUAGUGGCGAUAGCAAUAAGUUUUACAACGAAAACUUGAAUUCCUUAUCUGUUCUUCAAAUGCAACACUACAAAUGAUACGUUCUUCUAUUCGUUAAGAUACUGUAUGCUUAUUAUUUUUUUCAUUUUAUUCACAGGAAAUGCUAGACAUCUUAUUAAACUUGUGCACGAUCUAAAAUAAUUUUUUAGAACUUUUUUAUUCUGUCGAUAUAACAUCUGCAUUUGCGGAUCUGCAAUAUCAACUCUUUGCGUUUUGAGCAUAUGUAGUCGAACAAAUAGUGUACAUUGAAACGUUCGCGAGAUUACAGAGUGGCCUUCAUACACCGAUGAGAAUAGAGCCGAUCGGCUUGGAUAUGAGUGCGACAUAAGUUUAAAAAUGCUCGCUAACCGUGGUCAGCGUGAUGCAACCUUGAAACGCAAAGGGUUAAGUCGCGUGUUAUGUUAUUUUAUCAGAUAUGACAGCCUUGAAACUUCGCCUUUGUGUGGACUUGCUUCAAAUGUCCUUAUAUUUAGUUUAUAUCAUUUAACAAUAAUGAUGAUAUAUUGCGUACAUAUAUUGCGUACGGAAGUCUCAUUUUUCUUCAUCUUUACUUCGAUCUUGCUAUUAAAGCAUUGCUUCACUCAAACGAAUGCAACAGGGAAGUUUAUCAACAAGCGAUUACUAUCGAACUAUCGACUCGCCGCGUGGGUGCUACGAACGUUGAGAUAUGCUACUGACAUUCGAAAAAGAAUCCACAGGACGUGCCGAUAGUUUUAAGAGUUCGUCCAUUCUUUGCCUUCCAAAGUCUCUCACUAGUUCACUCUAUCUUUCCCAUCAACGUAUGUUUACUUUUUUAUUCGCAUGUAUCAUAUUAUUACGUGCGUUACGUACUUGUAAGCGCAGAGGAAUCUACGGUAUUGAAGUAUCUAGUCAUCGAGGAAAAAAAACGCUUUAGUGUAAAUUGUGCAACAGCAGUCAUCACGAUGGAAAACAGGUUUCUUUUAACGGACGCGCAACGCGUGGGAAAUUCGGGACCGAUCUUCUUAGCGAGUAUAAUCUCGAGGAACUUUAUCAAAAGACGAAAAUACCGAAAAAAAGAUUCUCUUUAUCGUUCAGACAAGAUAUUGCUAAAUAUAUCAGAGCAGAAUUAUUACGAUUAUGAGAUAUAUAUAUAUAUAUAUAUAUCAAUAUUUCAUAUUUAUUAUACGGAUAUAUUGUAAUUAUAUUGUAUCGAUUUCGAUACACCGAUAAAAGUUUAGUCGGAAGUGUUAACUUAUACAAUGUUUUAUAUAUACACAUAUAUACAUACAUACACACAUACACACACACACAUAUAUAUAUAUAUAUUUGUCGGCGUUCGGUGACAUAUUCUCUUACCAUUGUCAUUUAAGACCUGUAUACGCCUGGACGUAAAGAUCAUGAGUCUAUUGCCACGAUUUCGCAUAUUUGCAGAGAGUCAUGAAAACUUCUUUACGACUCCUUUCUCCUUUCGAGUAUAUGAUGGGUUAUUACAAUAAAUGGAUGCACUCCGUUCGUCUCAGCUUCGAA